ACCUACACUUCAUCUCUAAUCAUACGAUUCCCUUUCCCUUCAUUUCCUUGUCCUCUCCCAUAUUUUGUACAGGCAGCUGGUUUGCUUGUGACCCUCGUUUCUUGCUGUCAUGGUGUCCGUUGAUAAAAUUGUCUCUCGCGUUACAGAAACCCGGUGGUCAAAAUUAUAUAUUUCCACUGCGAUUCUGCAAUGUAUUUUCAUUGUGUGUUUGCAAAUCGCGAUCUGUUCGCAAAAUACCCUGCAAGCCGAUCUGCUCCCGCAUCCUGAAUCCGGGAGUGUGUUGACCAGUACAUCUACAUCGGCGGAUGAUAUUCCUAUCCGAGCGGCAGAUCGUUUGGGACGUAUCAAAUGGGAAAAUAUUGCAUUUAUCGGGUUUCAAGUCUGGUUCCUGGGCAUGGUUUUGGAUGCUACCAUCUAUCAAAAUACGGCCGAAAUUCUCGCAUUGGCCAUCUUGAAUGCUCUGUGCGCUAUUCUCGGAGCUCUUCAGGUGGUGGACGGUGUCAAAUGGUUAAAUCUUUUGAGUACCACUAUCUAUUCUACAUUACCACUAUCCAUAGCAGAAAAGAUUGAAAUUGCACUGUGUGUCAUCAUUCUUUUAUUUGCUUGUGCCAUGGGUUACCUUUCUUAUGAAAUGUCGCGACAAUUCGGUUGGAAUAUUUACAAGAAGAUUGGAGCCGAUAUCCAGAUUCAACGAAUGUAUCGUAUCUUCCAAUUCUUCGUGUUGGCUCUGAAGAUCGAUGUGUUUACGGAAUUCAUGGUAUCAUUAUUUUACAUCAUUCAGCGAGCUCUUCAGGCGGGCAUAGAAUGGGAAACCGGCAUCCAACUUGUUGUGACUAUUUUCAUGCUACCGAUGCUUUAUUUUGCGCGUACUGCGGGAAGUACCGAAAGCAGGGGUCGAAUGAUUACUUUUGUGACAUAUCAAGGCAUUGUUAUUGUGCAUUUUGCAUUGAUUCUUCAACAGACGUUUCAACCAAAUAAUAACUGGUAUACGUGGAUUUGUCUUGUGUGGCUCGGUAUCGCUAUUUGUGUGGUCACCGGUUUAUUUGGAAUUCUUUGUAUGAGAAAUUUCGACAAUGGUCUCAAACCUUACGUUCAGCGCGGAGCGGCCAAUAAGCAUAAACAUGAUCUGGAACUCAAGAAGAACUUCCCUAACGAUUCAUGGAAAAUCGAUAUCGACUAGAACCUCAUUGGAAUUCCUGAUGCAUUUCCCAUUUUUCUUUCCCUUCUAACCACUUAACCAUCUCAUCACUUACACAUUCGGAUCGUCGUUAACUACUUGAUUUUCGUAUUACAUCAUCACUUACCCCUCCUUUUCCACACAUCUGUGGUUAUGGACCCUUGAUUUUCCGCUCUCCAUCUAAUUUUGCUGGAAGGGGGGAAAAGAGGGUUUUGUACACCUAUCUGCAUGUUACUGAUCUUCAUUGUAGAUGAUUCAAACGAACAAAAAAACCAAACAUAAUUUUUCUUUUGAAUAAACAUAUGCAGCUUUUCUGUCCGCU